CAUGAUGAGAUUUUCAUUACAUCAAGCCCAUAAUUAUGCAUAACAACCCAUAAUAAGUUUAAGGUUGAAAGCUAAAUCUCAAGCGGGAAGCCCUCACCAUUUGGGCGUUAGCUGCCUUUUGCGAUCGGCCUGGACGCAGCCAUCGACGAUAAAGGCACGGUUGAGCGCGUUGGCCGAUACAGAAGCUGCGAUUGUACAGGAGCUGCGCAACGAUGCUGUGCGAACUGGGCCCAGAGGCAUCAAAACAGCUCAAAGGCGCUGUCGUGGUAUUGCCCGCAGUCACGUAUGCUAACGUUGGGGAGCUGGCUGUUGACGUCUUGGUGGCCACUUUGAAGCCCGAAUUCCUAGGUGCUGUGGAAUCCGCUAACGUUCUGCCAGUCGUUGGCAAUGACGCAUACGACCUAGAUCCCUCCCCUUCGGCUCAGCAGCCAGGAGGACUUGCCACCGCACUGGAGCUCUUCAAAAUCCACGGUCGACCCCUGGUGUUUCUGCAGCAACGCGCCCCCGCGAUGGUGGGUCGCCAGUCGGCCUUCGCGGCUGAGCUGGUGAGCUGGCUGGUGGAGGUCGGGGCCUCGGCCCUGGUGGUGCUGACGGGGCUUGAUGCCCAACUGCGACGUGACCGGCAACUGGACAGCUCACAAUUGAGGAAUUGCCCCUUCCUGCUGUACCACAUCAGGUACCUGGCCAGCAAUGAGGAGCUCCGCACCGCGUGCACCGCGUCGGCUCAGAGCCCGAAACUUCAGACCUCCGGACCGCAACAACAACAGUAUCCAGAUGAACAGGAAUCGUCACAGUGGCAGGCGGCAGCAGGUUCCGCCGCCGCCGCCGCCGCCGCUGGCCCGCUGGAGCUGGAGUCCGAGAUUCGGGAGGAGGAGCUACAGCUGCACCACAGCCUGCCGCCAUGGCCACUGGUACGGCAGUGCGAGGAUCAAGGCCUGCCGUACGUGCUCCUCGGGUGUUUUUCGGCGGAAGGAGACAAUGCCGGCGAGGGGAUGAGCCUGGCGGCGGCGGCGUUGCGGGUGCUUGCAGCGUUGCGGGUACCGGCGGCGACGGAGACGGCGGUGGCGACGACGGGGCCGGAGGAACUGAUAGAGGAUGACGCUGUGCCACUGCGCGCUCCGUCGUCCUGGGUGGGUCUGUACGGCAGGCCUUUCCCGGUAGAGAUCUUCUGA